CCGGAACUUUAGAUUAUUUAUUGUCUCUAUGGUAAUUCCCUGCAUGGCUUCCGCAUAACAACUGCAUUUGCUUUCAGUAUAUACUGAAGACAUUUAAAGAAAGGAAAAAAUGGCAACAGCGGUCGGACAAAAUCCGUUUAAUUUAACAGCAGCGGGAGAACUUGGAUCUCACCGCGAAACAAUGUUAGACAAUGAAUUACUACUGAGAACAGAACUAGGAAGGCCAAAAAGAAGAGGGUAUGGUUCUCCAGGGGAGGGGUAUAUUUUUGGACGACCAAAUGAUGCCAGACAUGGCGGUGCAGAUGAUGCCUUGCAUGGUUGGCCAAGGAAUCUUUCCACAACAACAUUACCCUUUGCAAAGAAGGACAAGAAUGCAAGUAGAGAUUUCAUGGCUCUCAACAAAGCUGCAGUGCAAAAUGGACUAGUCACAGCCGGAGAAAAUUAUGAAUUUAGAGCAACACACGAUGUUCGUCGGAAAACAGCUGGGUCAGAAAAUACCAGACUUCGGACCAGGAGAAUACCUCCAACAAUGGUAUUUGGAAUAUCAACAAGACCAUCCACUCCUAUUUUCGAUUUAUUAGAACACAAGUACCAGGAUAAAUGGCUGCAGCAAAGAAGACAACAGGAGCUUGCAAAGAGAAAAGAAGAGACUCAGAAUCCAAUACUACCUGAGGCAAGAUUAUCCCAAUCAGCAGGGCCAUACCCAAUUAAAAGGAAACAUUUAUGGGACAUGAAGCAAAAGAGAAACCCCAGCAAAGUAUACGAGACCAGGGCCUCGCUUCUGAGGACGUACCAGAAUCCGGUUGAGGACGCCCCACUCUGGCAAAUGCCAAAGUUCAAGAGCUCAGCGAAACCUUCACUGGAAACAUUCCGUUCUCCACAAGCUAGAGAAAUAGCAUUCAGAAAUUUUGAAUCAGACCAAAUUUCAAGAAAAGGGAAACUUGGCCAUGGAACAUAUGAACCUGCCGUCAAUUAAAGUUCUUUAAAUAGAUUUUCCCAAUAUCAUUCUAGAUAUCAGAAACAGUUGAACAUAAUUGUUAUUAAUGAAUAUGUCAAAACUUUGGCAAUCUUUAAGUUUACAAUUUAACGAAGUAUUAAUCAGUCUGCUUGCCAGUAGAAAAUCCUUGUGUUUUCAUUGUUAAUGAUAUUUAGAAUAAUUUUUCAUUUUUUUUAAUAUACUGAUUUUUGAAUUGUAAUAUGAAAGUUUUCGUACUUCUAGGAAUACAAUGUUUACACGUAAGGUAUUGUUUUCAAGGUAAAUAACAGAAGUUUGUGAACUAAUGUACCUUACAGAGCAAAACACCCACACAAGACUGAGAUUUCAAAUCUGUAAGUUUCAUUGUUGAAAUAUUGUUACAAUGUUUUGCCUCCUCGCCUUUGUGUGAUUAAUAAUAUUUAUGGCGUGUCUGUGAUACUGUACAUAUAGAGUGAAACCAAGCAUAUAUUUUUUUCUGUGCAGGCCUAUUGAUGCUAUAAUCAUCUGUUCAGCAAUUUCUCACCCUGAAAAAGAUCAUGCACAAAAUUCUUGUACAGUCUCCAUCGAGGUGUAGACCUCUUUCUUACAUGAAUGUUGUAAAUUAUGAGUAAAUUAAUAUCAAUGAUUAAAACGCUUUAAAUUUAAUAUCGGAUGUAAAAGCGAAUCGUGUUUUUACACACUCAUUUCUAUUCCUCCACGAUGUUGUGUUUGUAUUUAUAAAUAAAAUAUGGUAAUAACGAU